CAUCGCUCUGACGUCCGGCCCGAGGGCGCAACGCAGGCCGAGUCCGACGCAAACUUUGACAUCAUCGCGGAACGGCUGGGCGAGGUCCAGGCGGCGAGCGGCCUCAAGCUGCUUUGGGGGACCGCAAACCUCUUCACGCCGCGCCGGUACAUGAAUGGCGCCGCCACGAAUCCGGACCCGGCGGUGUUCGCGCGUGCUGCGGCCUCGGUCAAGAAGUGCCUUGAGGUGACGCACCGGCUGGGCGGGGAGAACUACGUGCUCUGGGGCGGCCGCGAGGGCUACCAGUCGAUCCUCAACACGAACGUGCGGCUCGAGCUCGACAACCUCGCCCGCUUCCUCUCGAUGGUGGCCGAGCACAAGCACAAGGUCGGCUUCCGCGGCCCGCUGCUGCUCGAGCCCAAGCCGCGCGAGCCAAUGGCGCAUCAGUACGACUACGACGCGGCCACGGUCCUCGGCUUCCUGCGGCAGUACGGGCUGCAGGACGAGUUUGCGCUCAACCUCGAGGCGAACCACGGCACGCUCGCGGGGCACACGGGCGAGCACGAGACGGCCAUGGCGGCCGCCUUUGGCAAGCUGGGCUCCAUCGACGCCAACCGGAACGAGGCCGCCAUGCUCGGCUGGGACACGGACAUGUUCCCGAACGACGUCGGCCUCGCCACGUACAUCAUGGACGUCGUACUCAAGCAGGGCGGGCUCGCGCCCGGCGGGCUCAACUUCGACGCAAAGGUGCGCCGCGAGUCGACCGAUGUGGAGGACCUCUUCAUCGGCCACAUCAACGGCAUGGAUACGUAUGCGCGAGGGCUGCGCAACGCCGCGCGCAUGCAGGCCGAAGGCACGAUGGGCGCGCUGGUCGACGAGCGCUACGCCGGCUACGAGCGCACCGCGCUCGGCAGGCAAAUUGUGGGCGGCAGGACCUCCCUCGAGGAGCUGGCGGCGCUCGUGGCGGACGAGCCCGAGCCGCAACAGCGCUCUGCAAAGGUGGAGCUGUACGAGUCCAUCUUCUUGGCCACCAUGCAAGAAUAG